AAUAUCACUUAUAUUCUGUUCAUAAGUUUAGAUUCUGUUUCACAGCUAUAUAUUCCUAUAUAAAGAGUAAUUUAUUUUAAAUUUAUUCCUAUUUACCCACCAAUAAUAAUUAAUUUAAAACUGUUAGUUUUAAUAAUUUAUAAUUAUUAAAUCUCUAUAUUUUAAGGAAUCAAUAUGAAUAUGAAUGGUUUAGUUAUUGGCGUUUUGGUGGCAUUGAGUGCUAUAUUAAUUGGCGUCUCCUCUAAAAUCAUAGUCAAAAGAGAAACUGAGGCACAAGUAGACAAUCAAAGCAAUGGAUAUUCAGUAGAGAAGAGACCCUUUUGUAAUGCAUUCACAGGUUGUGGCAAAAAGCGGUCAAAUAAUGUCUACGAAAAUGUUGAGAACAGAGAUCUUGUGGACCCAUUGAUGCGAUUAAGUCGAAGAAUACUCAAAGAAGCCAAACAGUGGGAGCUUUUACACAACCAAUACAAUAAUGAGGUACCGAUUUAG